AUGCCUCCCCGAUCUUCAUCAAGAGAAAAGUCCAAAGAAAACACCAAUGUCGGAGGAGCCUUGCGCUCUUCGGGAGAUGAAUCAUCGCUGAUAGAAAAGCAACAACAAUAUAUUGAGCUAUUAGAAAAUGAAUUGAAAUCAUUGAAACAACAUUUUGAUCGGACAAUGGAGAAAAUCUUCUCAAAUCCGUUGUUUGGUUCUGGAAGGAUGAUGACUAAUGGAUUAUCGUCGUUGUUGUCAUCAUCGGCUGCCACCACAACAACACAACCAGUAGGAACCGCAAACGAGAAAAAAAAGAGAACCAGGGAGAAAAGUCAUGAAGAGGAAUCGGAAGAAUCAGAAAGUGAAAGUAGUGAAGAGGAAAAGCAACAACAAGAAACGUCAUCCCGAAAAUCUAGGUUAAGACAUGAUAAAAAAUCCUCGUUGAUGGAUUUGGAGAGCGAUGAGGAAACAAUUGUAGAUAAUGUUUUUCAAAUGGAUUUUUGGAAUCAACAAGUCUCUCGAAUUGCUAAGAUUAAAAAAUCUAAGUUACCCCAUGUAUCAACUCCUCAAGAGGGAACUAAAUUUACGAUUGGAGGUAUGGACGUUAAGAAAACUAAGAAAGCAGCUGUGAAAAAACAAUCUGAAUUGGAGAAUGAACCAGAGGAAAUUAUCGAAGCCCUUCCAUUACAAUAUUUCCAAGCUCCUGUUACAGUCACUGAGUCACUCGCUAAACUGAUAGGAGAUGAUUCCAAACAAAGAAGCUUCAAAAAAGAUGAAGUUUACAAAUUAGUGUGGCAGUAUAUCCACAAAAACAAUAGAUUUGACGAACAACACCAUGUACUUUUAAAUGAUGACCUAAAAACGGCCCUUCGCAUUGAUGAUUCCAAUAAGAAAACUCUAUUAUCCAUUGAUGAUUUAAAUUACUUAGUAAUGAGGCAAAUUAUUAAUGAAACCAUCGCCAAAAACUCAAUAGCUGCUUUCAAAAUAAAGAAUUAA